AUGGAGAGAACCCGGGAGACUGCAGCCAGAAAACUGCGCAUUGAACAUGGGUUUGGGCCAAGGACGCAGCCGGAGACCGAAUCAGGACUGGAGAUUCGAGCCCACUCGCCACGCCGACCAGGAGGAAUGUCCUUCCUCAACAAUUUCGAAUGGAACAUCUGGGAACCUCAGGGUCCAGUCAGCGUCUGCCCCUCGUCAUCUGAGCCAACGGAAAACGGCGAUGGGAAACCCCACGGGCAAGUUGAAGAUGGCCGCAAAUGGACAGGAUUUAUGGUGCUCCACUCGGAAGCGUGUGUGCUAAGGCCGAAGAGUACCACUACAGAAGCCGCUCUGGGCCGACAACUUCAGGAAUGCCCGUUUCGGGAAACCAAGGGGCCAAGCCAUGGGACGGUGUCGAAGGGAAACCUACAGUACAGUCAAACCUGCGAGCAGGAAUACUCUACUGCAGCCUUGGUCUCGUUCUCAAUGCAUUUGACAGAAUUUACAGAGUACAGACUGACAAUGAAGAGGCUAGCAACCCGUAUUGACGCAAGGAGUCGGGAUAGUUGGCCGGCAGUACAUGGGCCAUUCUUGGUGUGGCUUCCCGAGGCGGUCGGGUAA